GAAAACGAACCUACCACUGUCGAUAAGCCCCUUCUGUAUUUUCGGGGCACAUGGGAGAUCAAAUGUAUUUUCGAUGGAAAAAUCUUUUCAUUGCAAGAGAUACACGAUUUAAUGUACAACAAAUCGUUUGAUGAGAGGGACAGCGAAGUACAGGACUGUGCUGAUUUCACGUGUAACGCGACUCUCGGAUCGAAAGAAAGAGAAAUUCCUUCUUUGAUUAAUAAGAAAAUAGUUACGACAACGGUCCACAGCAAUCAUAUCCCCGGAGUCAGUGUUGUUUCACCAUUUACGAUGAACCAACGGCAAUGGGACCUCCUGGGACAAUUCGAGCGAAGUGCAUUCUUGUUCAUCAAGCUUGGAGGCCACGAAGGGCAACAUGUAUCUCGGCGAGUGAAUUAUUCGCGAAUGAGCCCAGAGGCUAUGGACGAGACAUUGCAGUCAUUCGAGAACAUUCAUUUAUUUCCACUUCUAAAUGAGAGGAUACAUAACUCUGGUGAAGAUGCUGAUGCGUUCUUGGAAUUUCUACAACGGGAUAUCGAAUUGGAUAUUGGAGAUUGCUUAGAGAGAUUUCGAUCGGGUUUUCGAAGGACAAGACCCAUUGAUGCAGAAUGCGCAGGAAGCACAAUCUCCGUCAUGUGUGCACCUGGACGAACUAAACGCUGCGAAUCCCACUGGUUCUUAAUCUUCAAGCAACAGGGCACUGAGACCAGCGCCAGCCUAACUGAGACAGGUAUUGAGUGGGAUAAACACGGUAAUAGGGAUCCUGAACAUACUAUUACGUACGCCGUCAAAACAGACCCCGGCCUUCAAAAAUUGAAAGAUUGUGCGUUGCAAUCUCCACAAUUUCAACAUAUUGGAAAUAGAACAGAGCACUGGCUGUGCCCUUGUGCAUUGUGGGUAUCUACUCUUAUAGGUGGAUAUAGUCGAAAGGGCUAUAUCGAUGGUAUUUCAUCCAGUGGUAUUAAUGUUGAGCACCUGCAUCUCAAAUUGGUCUACAGCUCGCUAGAAAUAUGACGGGCAUGUCUUUGCGGAAGUGUUGCCUCGGUAAAGGGUCCGAGAAGAGUAGACUGGCUCGGUCAAGCGCAGCAGUGGCUCUACAGAUGGUAUUGGUGAAAUCAUGCUCUUACCCCUUGCUAGGUGAUAUGCAGGAUGCCACUAUCUAGUCCUUGUGUAUGUUUA